AAAAUACGAGAAACGCACUGUAAUCACUGAAUUAUCAGCACGGCCUAGAAUUCUUUGACUUAAUUUUCUGUUCGCAUCACAAGUUAACCGUCCAUAGCCAACCACCACAACAAAUGUCUAAACGAAAGCGCUCCGGCGAGCCUAGCUUGCAAGAGCUGCUCAACAAACACUCGGACGACAUCUCUCGCGCCCUCAAGGCGGCCAAAGGCUUCGAGCGCCAGCGUCUCAGCAAGCGUGUCCGCGAGAAUGGCAUCACGCCUAACAAGAAGGAGCGGCUAGAUCGCGAGAUUACUGUCCUCAAGUCGCUCGACCUCCACCAGACCGCUCGCGCCCACAUGCACGCAUCCCUCCUCAAGAUCAAGUCCAUUGCCGAAUCCGAAAACCUCCCCGAAGACCUCCGCCGCGGCCUCGCCAAACCAGACCUUUCGGAAGAGGAGCGCGUCGCCCUUCACAAUGUCACGAGUGGAUUGUAUAACCGCGAUCAGGUCAGGCAGGCUGUUGAUCGUGCCAUCGCAGCUGUCUGCGAGAUCCUCAACGUACCCGUCCCCCAAAAAGGCAAGCGUGUGCGCAAGGGCAAGCAAGAGAAGGAAGAAGAUCAAAUACCCAAGGUGGAAAAUGUGGGUGCGGAUGAAGAUGACGUGAUGGAGUCAGUGGAGGAGGUCGAUGAUGAAUCAGAAUUCCAAGGUUUCUCCGACGAACCUAGCCCAGAGCUUGACAGCGAGGAUGAGGCUGCCGAAGAGGAUGAAUUCUCUAAAUACGACCACCUACUGGGUAGCUCUUCUGACGAAGACGAAGACGAAGACUUUGACGAUGAGCGGUUCGAACGGUUCAAAGGAAAGGAAAAGGUCAACCUCGACGACAUUUCUCUCUCCGGCUCAGGCGCCGACUCCGACUCGGAAGAUGAAGAAUCCUCUGGCUCACCCUCACCACCACCCGCAAAGAAGAAAAAGGAAAGGUCUACAGUGCCCGCCCGUCCUACCGGCUCUACGUUCCUCCCAUCCCUUAUGGGCGGCUACAUCUCCGGGUCCGAGUCGGCCUCGGACGUCGACGUCGCACCGGCCAAGAAGCGCCGCGGCCAGCGCCAACGCCAGGCCAUCUGGGAGAAGAAGUUUGGCGAAAAGGCCAAGCACCUGCAGAACCCCGUCAAGCCCCAGGGCGGCCGAGAUUCGGGCUGGGACAUGAAGCGUGGAGCCGUCGAGGGCGGGCCGUGGAAGAAGGGAAUUCGAAACCCGCUCAUGCGCCAGGGUGCGUCGACCGAGGAGGCACCUAAACCGCCGCCAAAGAAGGAUGACGAGGGUGUGUUGCACCCCAGUUGGGAGGCGAUGAAGAAGGCCAAGGACGCGCAAAAGACGGCGUCGUUUGCGGGAUCCAAGAUUACAUUUGACUGAUCAUGCAUGAGAUACCAAGAUAGCAACUAUUCAUUAAUC